GUCCUGUCGCCGUGGCUCACUUCACCCGGAAGUGUGGGGUGUCCCGCUGAGAUGGCGGUGGCUACUGGAGUGAACGGGGAGAUGGAAGGAGUGCGGGAUAUGAAGCAGCCGGAACCGAGAGAUACUGGAGGACAGUCGAGUAGAAGCAGCGGGGAUAGAGUGAAUCGCCGUCUUAAGUACCUGAGCCUAGCAGUGUUGGUUGUGCAGAACGCCUCUCUGAUCCUCAGCAUUCGCUAUGCGCGCACCCUACCUGGAGAGCGAUUCUUCUCCACAACAGCCGUGGUUAUGGCCGAGAUCCUGAAGGGCGUCACCUGUAUUCUGCUGAUGCUGCUCCAAAAGAGAGGUAAUGUGAAGGAGCUUUCUCUCUUCCUGUAUGACUCAAUCAUUGUGCAAUAUAUGGACACGUUGAAGCUGGCUGUCCCCUCCCUCAUAUAUACUCUGCAAAAUAAUCUUCAGUACGUGGCUAUAUCCAACCUUCCUGCAGCAACAUUCCAGGUGACCUACCAGCUGAAAAUCUUGACUACGGCUCUCUUCUCUGUGUUGCUUCUGAGGAAGAGCUUGUCCCGGCUACAGUGGGGUUCCUUGGUGAUCUUGUUUGCUGGUGUGGCAAUUGUCCAGGCAGAACAGUCUGGAGGGAAGGAAAGCGUUGCUGCAAGCGGGCAGAGUUAUAUUGUGGGCUUGGUGGCGGUGGCAGUGUCCUGUCUUUCCUCUGGCUUUGCGGGCGUGUACUUUGAGCGUAUUCUAAAGGGCAGCUCUGCCUCAGUGUGGUUGCGCAAUGUUCAGCUGGGUAUAUUUGGCACAGCCUUGGGACUUUUAGCUAUGUGGCAACAGGAUGGCGCUGCAGUGGCCGAGCACGGCUUCUUCUUUGGAUAUACCCCACUAGUAUGGUGUGUUAUCUUCAACCAGGCUUUUGGUGGGCUCCUAGUGGCUGUCGUGGUGAAAUACGCAGAUAACAUCUUAAAAGGCUUUGCUACGUCAUUAUCCAUCUUGGUGUCCACAGCAGUUUCUGUGCAUCUCUUUGGUUUUCAUGUGGACCUACCCUUUGCUCUUGGAGCGGGAUUAGUGAUUGGAGCAGUGUAUUUGUACAGUCUCCCUCGGACACCAGAACCUUUGCCCUCUUCAUCGGUUCCACUUUCCUCGCACAAGGAGACCUUCUUGCCAAAGUUAAAUUCUAAACAGAAAGGGUCCUGAGAAAUAUCUGCAGAAGACCAAGCAGUCACCCAGUUAUCUCUGUGAACUCUUGUUUUGUCUGACCAUCCUUGAGUAUUUGUAUUCUACGUUUGAAGCUAUGCAUCCCAUACUGUCUGUGUUUACCAUUGCUGUGUUUUUACCCUUGUAGUGUUUAACGAGUGUGCAUUUUUUCCUUCCAUUUCUGCUUUGUGUGCACACUCAUGGUGAGUUUGAGUCUAUUUUAGUUUAAUUUACAGAUAAGAUGGCCAUGAGCUGAUGUGCUGUUUGCUAUAUGGGCAUGCAUCUACUUGCGCUUAUGCUGCUUAAGCACAAUAGCAUUGUCUGCUAAGAGGGGCUCCUUGGGGCUGACACCCCUAAAUGUUCUCCAGUAGAGCUAAUUAUGUCAUGCAAUUUUUUAUUUUAACAUAUAGUAUGUGUUCCUUUAAAGUAGUCAAUGACACCCCUCCCAAUAUUUAAAAAAUAUAUAUAUCCAGGUGUAGGAGCCUGGACAAUCCAUGGUACAGUGUGACCUGUCUAUGAUGAGGUUUGGGGCAGGGCUUAAAGGGCCGUUACAGUGAUAAAAUAACAUGUUCUAAAUUGUUAGAGCAGGGAUGGCCAACGUGCGGCCCUCUGCGCUAGUUUUUGUUGCUUCUGGGGAAAAAAUAGGCUUAAAGAUGUGUGUCAUAGUUUUUGUAGCCCCUGGGAAAAAGUGAAACUAAAAGUUGUGCUUUGGGGACUUCUGCUGAGUGGUCAACUAAGAAAAUGUAUUAUUUUGUGAUUUUUUUUUUUUAAAUGUGUUUAUGUUGUAAAUUUAUAUGUGGCCCUUUCGGCUUCUUAGGUAUUGAUUUGUGGUCCUUAAAGUGAAGGUAAACUUUGAUGAAUGAAAGCAUGUUUUUUUUAAAUUACUAUUAAAAACAGGGGCCCU